CUUUGAGGAUGCAAUAAUUACAUUUUCUAACUGGAGCUAAUUAUGAGCCAAUCGUUUCUUCGAAACCCGAUCCACUUCAGCAGAAUUUCUGUUUUUCAUUCUGAGAGACUAUGAGUCCAGUUCUAUGUAAAGUAACCGGUAGCUUCUAGUUCACAAAUGUUUUGUGGUUCUGUGGUGUCAAAUGUCACUUCUCAAUCAAAACAUAACCUCAGAAAAAAGCAUCUAUGUUUAUAAGCACAUAUUUCCACAAAUAUUUGUUAAAUUGUGUAAAUUUAAAGGGUAAAUAAUUCUUUUGCUUCACCAUUGCCAACAAUCAGUUGACAGAAAAUGGAGACCAUCUUGGAGCAGCAACGUCGAUAUCACGAAGAACGGGAACGUCUGGUAGACGCAAUGGUUAAAGAAAUGCUUCACAAGAAAAAUACUUACAGGGAAACAAUAAACUCAGACCACCGCCAGAAAUUCCUCCUGGAUAGAUACCUGACUGCCUCAGACCGCCUUAUUGACCUUUAUGAUGAUAAAGAUGGCCAAAGGAAGGCAGAGGUAGCUGCUCUAACAGGUCCCAAUGAAUUUCAAGAAUUCUAUAAUAGAUUGAGGAUUAUCAAGGAUUUUUAUAGGAGGCAUCCUAAUGAAAUCAGUGUACCCAUGUCAGUGGAGUUUGAUGAAUUUGCUAAAGCAAGAGAAAAUCCCAAUGAUGAAUUGUCAAAUUUUGUAGAGUUUACUGAUGAGGAAGGUUAUGGGAAAUACCUGGAUCUACAUGAAUGCUAUGAAAAAUAUAUAAACUUGAAAGGAAUAGAGAAAGUUGACUACAUCACAUACUUGGGUAUGUUUGACCAACUGUAUGACAUACCAAAAGAAAGGAAGACAGGGGAGUACCGUAAAUACCUGCUAGUUCUUAUUGAAUAUCUCUCAUGGUUUGUUCAAAGGAUCAAGCCUCUGAUGGAUCUAGAUAGUGACCUUCAAGAAGUUGUUGAUCAGGUUCUAGCUAAUUGGGAUAGUGGAACAGUCCCAGGAUGGCCCAAAGAAACUGGUUCUGCUUUGGCCAAUGUAGGAGCCCAUUUGGACUUGUCUGCUUUCUCUAGCUGGGAAGAACUAGCUUCUUUAGGUUUGGAUCGAUUAAAGUCUGCUCUAAUGGCACUGGGGUUAAAAUGUGGAGGUACUCUUGAAGAGAGAGCACAAAGACUAUUUUCUACAAAAGGAAAAGGAUCUCUGGACCCUUCCUUGAUGACCAAGGGCAACAAAAGGAAAGCCAGCAAAGAAAAGGAACAACUACGUCAAAGGGAAUUGGCCACAUUGGAAGCACAAAUUUACAGAUUAGCAGAUUUGGUAGCUACCCAACGCGCUGCUACAAAGGAAAACGUGCAACGCAAACAAGCUCGUACAGACGGAGAGCGAGACGACAGCGAAAAUGAAGAAAGUGACGAUGACAGUCCUGAUGAAAAUGAUGAUGACGUUCCAUACAAUCCAAAGAAUCUGCCUCUAGGAUGGGAUGGAAAGCCAAUUCCAUACUGGUUAUACAAACUGCAUGGUCUGAACAUCAGUUACAACUGCGAGAUAUGCGGCAACUACGUGUACAAGGGCCCCAAAGCGUUUCAGCGUCAUUUUGCCGAGUGGAGGCACGCGCAUGGAAUGAGGUGUCUUGGGAUUCCAAACACUGCACAUUUCGCCAAUGUAACACAGAUUGAAGAUGCACUGGCAUUAUGGGAAAAACUGAAGGUGCAAAAACAGAGUGAAAGAUGGCAGCCAGAAACUGAAGAAGAAUAUGAGGAUUCUCAAGGAAAUGUUGUCAACAGAAAAACUUAUGAGGAUCUUAAAAGACAGGGAUUACUUUAAAUUAAAUCUUUAUUUUACUAUUAUAUGUAUUAUCAAUAAUAUUGUGGAUGUAUGAAUUAGUAAUAAUUUUAUACAAAUAAAUUAGUAUGGUAGCAUCAAUAGUGUUUUACUCGUAAAUUUGUG